AUGGACGCCACAGGGAUCGUCAGUGGAGCCCGCGGGGGUCUGAGCAGCAUGCCACGGGCAAGGGACGGUGACACCCACCAGGUCCCCCGGCGCCCACGCGGUAUCGGGGGCCACGGUGACCGGAGCACCGCCCUGUUCCGAGCCCACCCCGCAGCCCUGCGGGGCCCGGCCCCGGGCAGCCCCCGGCCCUCGCCCGCCCCCGGAGCCGCUCCACGCCGGAGCGCGGUGUCACCGCACGGGGACGGGCACCGCGCCGUGGGCCGGGGGGGCCGCAUCCCGCUCUCCCCUCCGGGUCGCGCAGGAACGGGGACCCCCGCGGCCCCCCCAGCUGUCGGUACGCGGGGGCCGGGCGGAGAGGCGGCGGGGCCGGGGCGAGGGGCCGGGGAAAGGAGCGGGCACGGGGCGGUGCUGCGCGGGGCCCGGCACGGCCCGGGGCGGCGUGGCCGGGCAGGGCCGGGCCGGGCAGCCGGUGCCCGCACGGCGGGGCCGCGCCAGGGCGCUGCGGGGCCGCCGGUCUCCGAGGCCCGUGCGGGGGCCGAGGGCGGCGCGGCCCCGGGCCGGGCGAGGCUGUCAGCGCCGGGGCGGUGCGGGACGGUGCGGGGCGGGCCCGGCGGGGCACUGCGGGGGGUGCGGCGGCCUCCGGGCCUGCGGGCCCCGGUGCCGCGGGCGGGGGCCGGUGACAAACUUGCGGCCGCCGCACCGUGCCGUGCCGUACCGCUCGGUGCCCCGCAUGGCGUGGGGGAGGUGCCUCGACCCUCGCCCGGGGCCGCCCCCGCCCCGCAGCGCUGCGCGCCCGGCGGGGCAUCGGGCAGGGGGGUUACGGGGCCCGGGAGGUCACCCAGCGGCAUCGUCGCCGGGGCAGGGGCCCUGCGCCCAUUUGGGCUGGACAGGCGGGUCCGCGCCCGCUCCACCGACUCGGGGACACCCACCCCCCCCGCGGCCGCGCCCGGCGGCGGGCACCGGGCGGGGGGCACCGGGGCGGCGGGCACGAGGCUGAGGGCAUCGGGGAGGCGCCGCUCCGCUCCGUGCCGCGCCGAGCCCCGGGCGCGGCGGCCUCCCCCCCGCGCCCCUCCCGGGGCCGCGCCGGGCGCGGAGCCCCCUCCCUCCCUCCCCGCGCUCCUCCCUCGCUCCCUCCCCGCGCCCGCCCGUUCCCUCUCCGGACCGGCCCCCCCGCGCGGGCCGGGGCGCGCGGCACGCCGGGACCCGCAGUCCGCGGGGUGGCUCGGCGGCUCCCGGCCCCGGCGGACGGACUACGGCUCCCGGCAGCCCGCGCGGCCGCGGCUCGCUCUCGCCCUCACACUCCGGCUGCCGCUGCCAGUGUCUCCGCCGCCGCCGUCGCCGCCGAACCGCCGCUCGCAGCGCCCGGGGUCCGACCCGCCGCCUGGGGCAGGGGCCCGCCCUGGCCCGCCGCCCCCGCCGCCCGCCCGCCUCGGGAAGCAGCGCCGGGCGGAGGGCAGCGAAGGGCGGCGGCGGCUCCGGCUCCCGCCCCGCGACGGCGCGGCGGUGCCGCUGCCCAGCCCGGCGCGGCGGCUCCGGCUCCGGCACCGGCGGCACCUGCCGCUGCCGGGGCGGUGCGGGGGUCCUGGGGCGGGCGGGGCGGCCGCGGAGCGCGGCGCUCCCGGGGCGGCGGCGGGACGGCGGCGCCGGGCGCUCGCGGAGUUUGGCGGCGUGGCCCGAGCCCGCCCCGGCCGUCACCGUGCCCGGGGCCGGUCCGGCCGCGGGUGCCGGCCGGGCGGGCGCCGGGCGGUGGCGGAAGAGCCGUCCCCGGGGGCAGCGCGGCCGCCGCCACCUCCAUGUCCGGGGCUGCCCCGGUGCGGCAGCGCGGGGACCCGGCCGCGACCGCCGGGGCUGCGGGACGCUCCGCCGGGGAGCGGCCCCGGGGGCAAACUGUUGAGCCGGGGUCUGUGGGAGCCGCCGCGGGACAGCGCCGCGGGGCCUGGCCCCGGGCAGGGCUGCGGGGUGCGGGGCGAAACCCCCGGAGCGGCCGCGGGGGACGCCGUGUCCCGGGCGGGGGGGUGCCCGCCCCGCGGGGCCGUGGGCCGUGCCGCGGCCUCGCGGGGCUCGGGAGCGGGACGUGCCGUGCCGCGGGCGGGGAGCUCGGCCGCGAAACCCCCGCGGUCCCGGCCUCGGGGCGGGCCGGGGCCGGGGCGGUGCCGCUCCGCGCCGACGCCCCCCGCGGCCGGGGCGGGGCGGCGGGGGCGGCCGGUCCCCCCGCCCGUGCCCACGGUGAUGGCCGGGCAGCGGCAGGACCGGGCGGAGGAGGCGGCGCUUCCUGCCGCUCUCACCGGGGAGGAAACCAGCCCUCCCGCGGCGGUGUGGUCGGUACCGGGAGGGGUCCUGGCUCCUCGGUGA